UUGUUUUUUGUCAGGGUGUUGACGCUUGUGUGCCAACCAUCACAGAUUGUACGUGUUGUUGAAGACAUACUGCCACGCAUCGAGGAUACGCAAAAUGACAAGGACAAGUGCACUAUUCGUCUGCUCGUUCAUCAGUCUCACGCUGGUGCUUUGAUUGGCCGACAAGGAGGAAAAAUCAAAGAACUUCGUGAUAGAACGAAUGCUAGAAUUAAGGUAUUCCAACAAUGUUGCCCGCAGUCAACUGAUCGGAUUUGUAUGCUUUCCGGAGAUGAUCGCAAUGUUCUAGAUGCAGUGGAGCAAAUCGUUGAAGAACUGAAACAGAUCCCUAUCAAAGGUCCCGUGAAUCCAUAUACCUCGUUCAACUAUGAUCCUGCUAUGGCUCCAGACUACGGCGGUUUCUCUCCAACUUUCCCUACCUCAGGACGUGGUGGUCCCCCUAUAAGCCCAUUCUCAGGAGGUCCUCGACGCUCGCUCGGUGCACCUCUGCCGCCAAUGCGUGGUGGUGGCGGUCUUGGUGGCCCGGAUAUGCGGUACGAUCGCGGUCUUGGAAGAGAUUAUGAUGCUGGUCGAAAAGUGGAUAACUUCUCAGGACCGUAUGGUGCUCCACUGGGCGGCCCUCCUCAGUACGGCGGUGGCGGAGGACUGUACGGAGGUUAUCCUGGACAGAAUGCAAUUCAGACUACUCAGGAAGGGGUGCCCAGAGCAGUCCGAACAGCAUUAUUUUCAAAGUACAUUUAUGUGAGAGCUAUGCAUGGCAUAGAAGUGUGA